CAUUGUAUUGCAUUACGACCACUUCGCGCGCUCGGCGGCCGGGGAAGUGCUCGGCCAAUGGCAGUGUCUUACGGCGCGCUUGCGCUCUCACCUGGCGCCCAUUCCUCUACGCUUGCUCGGAGGACUCGUCUCCAGAUUCUGUGCAAGAAGAAGGAGAGAGACCGCGAUCAUCAGUACCCUUUCAAGGUCGUUGAGAUCACUCCUCCACCUCGCUCCCUUGGCGUCCGAUGCUUCCCCACUAACAUACAUUGUGGGGAAAGUGUCACCAUAGAAGGUCAAGCAUACACAGUUUCGGCAGUAGUUCAUCGAUACCAGUUGCGCAAGGGAAAAUACGAGCCUAGUGAGAAAAGGCUUGACGUGUUGUCCACAGGAAGGUACAUCUUGAACAUGUAUUUAGAAAAUUUGCUCGAGCAAUCAUGAGAACAUAAAUUAUCUUGAUGACAUAAUAAAGGUGUUCAUUAAUCUGAAUGAGCAACUCUGUUGUACAAUCCUGUGUGAUGAGAAAUAUCCUCAAUUUUGCAAAGUUUCUGAAGUUUUACUUGACAUGCAUUACUACCGGUUGGCUUAUACAUUGUUAUGUAUCAUGCUUCAGUUUGAUAGGUUGAUUGUGGCUAAUGUAGAGAGCAUAAACAUUGAAUCCUCUGGAUUAGUUUUGUGAUUGUAUCAGAUAAAUUGAGGUACUGUAAAACAUGUACAAAUUGGGUGUUCAAUUGCGACCUCAAUGUUUUUUAUGAGAAGCACAAGCACAUUUUCCUC